GAGGGAUGGUCGCGCAGCCCUGGGAUCGUUGGCGAAAGCGUCUUUGGUAUUGCUAGCCCUUUUUGUCGCGGUCCACAGUCAAACCUCGGAUACUGCAGUCUGUCUAGAUGGAGAGCUCAGUCUGACGGGUGGACAGUAUCCAUUUGAAGGGACAAUUCAUAUCUGUGUCGGCGGUGUCUGGGGUACAGUGUGUGACGAUCUGUGGGGCAUAGCGGAUGCUACUGUCGUCUGCAACAGCCUUGGAUACCCCAAUGGACCAGCUAUUGCACUGAGUGAAGCCUACUUUGGAGAGGGUACGGGACCAAUUCACCUGGACAAUGUCAUCUGUACUGGCAGUGAGACCUCUCUACUGGACUGUGGCUACUCUCCCCACGACUGUGGCCACUUUGAGGAUGCCGGAGUCAUCUGCCCUGUUCCUGAAGGUGUAAAUACCAAUUGUACCAGCGGAGACAUUCGUCUGGUUGGUGGAGAGAAUGAGUACCAGGGCCGAGUAGAGGUGUGUCUCCAUGGCAACUGGGGCACAGUGUGUGUGACGACAACUGGGGCAGUAAAGAUGCUCGUGUUGUCUGCAAUCAGUUGGGCUUCAAUAGCAGCGGUAUCCCUUUCCCAACAAUGCAUGCUGAAUUUGGCCCUGGGAGUGGACUAAUCUUCCUGGACAAUGUGAACUGUAACGGGACAGAGUCAAAUCUCCUCCAGUGUCGAGGGAACGAACCUGGGAACCACGACUGUGGUCAUUCAGAGGAUGCCGGUGUUUACUGCCCUGACCCCACGGCCAACUGUACUAAUGGAGACGUGAGACUGGUAGGAGGUACCACUGAGUACGAGGGGAGAGUGGAACUGUGUGUCGGAGGUUCCUGGGGUACUGUGUGUGCCGACUUUUUUUGGGACGGCAGAGAAGCCUCCGUGGUCUGCAGACAACUGGGGCUCCUCCAUCAAAACGCCAUAGCAGUGGGAAGUGCUGCCUAUGGGCCAGGUGAAGGCCGGAUUCUUUUUCAGACUGUUCAGUGUAGCGGAUCAGAGUCAGCUCUCCUAGACUGCGUAUUCUCCAGUCCAUCAAACUCCAGUGACCUUUGCUCCAGUCACCUCCAGGAUGCCUCUGUUGUCUGCCGGACGAUACCCACACAGCCACCAACACUGCCAUCUCGGUUUAUCGUUGAGUGUUCCGUGGGACUUUUCACUGCUACACUAGUGUCUGCAGACUGUUCUCCACUCGCGGGGAGCCAGGACAUCAGUCGUAUAGAGAGCUACCAGAUUGGUGGAGUCGAUCAAAGUCCAGCGUCGUUCCCUCUGUUGAUUCCACUGGCAUCGCUGGCUCCUGGAGGAGAUGAUGUGGACCUGAGGCUGGUCAGUGAAGGAGGUCUGAGUGUGUCUGUCAGAUUCAGACUUAUUGGCUUCCUCGCUUCUACUGAUCGUGCGUGUCUGGUGCAUGUCGUCCGGACUGAACUGAGAGUCAUAAGAGUCCUCAUAAUCUACUGUAUUGGCUACACUGACUACACACUCUCCUACAACAAUGCCACCUUCCUCUCUGGUACUGAGUUCCCAGUCCUCGUGCCGGGGACGACUCUCACUGAUGGACUCAACAGUUUUGUGUUCCGGGCAACUGGAGUUGGAUGACAACAUCCACAGUCUUGAAGGCUUCUUUGACAACAGAAGAACAGAUUUGAUAGUAACCUGCAGCAAUACUUCUGAGCCAGGUCGUCAGAUCAUCAACUGCACAUCCACCAACCCUCUAAUGUCCCUCCUGUGUGCCUAUGACAGUGGGCAGUCUGAGGAAUGCUCAUUUCCAAUAACACUAAGCAUCGAGAGAUUUGGCACCAGCAGACACAUUUUGGUCGUCACUGCUACUGAUGGAUUUGGACAGCGUGAAACAAUAGAGUUUUCAUUUCAACUUGAUGCACCCAUUAUCCUGGAGGACUCAGUUGUAGCAGAUCCUCAGUUCACCGUGAGUAUUCCUGAUGACAGGGGCCACUCUCUCUGCUACGAGGUCCACGGAGACUCUGACCAUCACUUCAACCUCAUCUCUGACACAUGUCUAUCUGUCAACGCUCUCUUCACCUCGAUCAGCCCCGUCAGAAACACGAUGAGCAUGAUUGGGGUCCGGGCAGUAUCCAAAGGUGGCAGUGGCUGUGUGGACAUUAAGAUAAACUCUACGUGCGGUGCAAACGUGUUUACCGGAGGUUCGGCUGUUGGGGUAGGUGACGGGAUGGUAAUUGGAGGGGUUGACCUGCAGAGGCGUGGUGGCGACUGGAGGAUAUCUGUCCCAAACUGUGGAGAGCCAAGUGUUGUUAUGAGAGUGAGCUGCACAGAGCGACAGGGACUGAGGCUUGCCGUAAUGAGAGGGGCAAACCUACAGCCCACAUCUCACGGUCUCCUUGGACAAUUCUGGAACAUCCCAAUCUCUGUCACUAUUCUGGAAGGACAACCGCACGUUCAGAUUUUCAAGCCAGACCAGAAGAACUACCGAAGGUUCCCGGCAGAGCUUAGCCAGCUGACAUGGGACCGCUCGCGCCAAUAUUGCUACUAUGCCGGAGACUCUCAAGGCAGCUCAGAGAGGGUUAAUCAAGACCCAACUCAGUCCGUUAUUGAGGGUGUCUGGACCAACUAUGUCACUAGUGGACCAUUUGACACCAACUUCAAAUACAAGCGGUUUGAGGAUAACCACUGCUUGUAGUUUAGUGAUUUUAUAAUAUACGAAAACUGCACAGAGUAAUCAUGUAUUGCAGAUGCUCUGCACUGGCCCAGAUAAGAUUUUGCAAU